AUGAAUUAUCAGCAACAGGUUGAUGAAAUUGUUUCUACUGCCAAAUUUGGAGACUUGCUAGAAUUUUCCUACCCUAUUGGAUAUUCACACUGGGGAGUGUAUGAUGAAGAUGGAUAUGUAUUCCAUUUUGCUGUUGCAGAUCAGGGGCAACUGAUGACCAGCAUACGUACUUCCCUACAAGGAAUGUUCCCUGUAUGUGGGGACCUUCUCCUUGGGGAAACCAAGAUCCGCAGAGUGCCUCUUUGUGAGGUAAAUGUCCCAAAAGGAGCCCAAGUCAUAAUCAGUAACAACCGCCAUGCCUUCAAACCAUCUGCACCUGAGGAUAUGAGGCUACGCUGCAAUGCCCUUCUUGAUCGGGAAUUCCAGUAUCAUCUUUUCAAUUUCAACUGUGAGCACUUUGCCACGUUUGUACGCUACGGAAAAGCUGUGUGCAACCAGAUUCCUGUAAGACGCAAGAAUGUAGAGUGCGAGAAGGCAACUGCAAUCUUCAGCGACAUUGUCAGCUCCAAAAAUACUGCUCAAGACAAUUCCAAUUGA